UUCUUUGCUGCGCGUGGUUCUCGCGCCGUGGAAUUUACCAUAGUAUAUCUACGGAUUCUCUCACAUUCUCGCGCUCUAUCUCGAACUCUCAUGGAUAGCUCGACGGACUUCGAGAGAAAGAGUAGGCAUAACUAAGAGAAAGCAAAAGAGACACCCAAUAAUGUCUAAACAGCACGUAAAUAUUUUUUAAGUAAUUUCUUUAUCGGUGACUAGGUGGUUUGAAGACGACAAAAUAUGCUUGAUAAGGCACCGGAGUCUGAACAUCAUGGUCCAACAUCAAGAAGUUCAUCAUUUUCCAUUGAGAAUUUACUUCGGUCUACUACCAAGACUACAGACAGGCGUUCUACGACCGAAGAUGAGGGGGACUGUAAGGAAACCGGACUCUCUUACAACCAAGUCGCUGUCAUUGAGAGCCGCUGCAGCCAAGUGGAGCGUCAAGUGUCUUACUUUGGAUUAAACGCCCAACGCCACUGGUGUGGGACAUCGCCAAACAAAGCUUGCAGUGAUUUACAGAGUAUGCUUUAGUGUCACUUUUGUUAAUUGUCCCAUUUGUCUAUGUAGCCUAUGUAUGGAAGCGACAUAUAGGGUAACCUAUAACCACAUCAAACUGUAAGGGUAGCUUGUUUACUAGCUAAUAGCCUACAUUCUUCUUAGGCAGAUCCGCUUUCACAAUAAGGAGCAUUUGAGGAUAGCCUACGCAUUUCCUCAGAUAAAAACAACGUGAAAGAGCUGCUAUCGACAAUGCUUUGAGGUUUCUGUGCGUAAGAGCCUAUUAGCUUAUAUUCUUCUUUCCAAUGACAAUACACAAUACAUGCCAUGCCAGUAAAAAUAGACAACACUGCAUUGAAUGUGGCAUGCAUAGCCCAUACAUCCUGCAACAAACCAUAACAGCACUAGUGUAUUCGCUCGUACCCCGUGCGUAAAACAUCUCCAUUCGGUUCCUCUUUAAACGGGGUAUGGCACGCCACUUCGAUACAUUUCAAACGUAACACUGAUUGGAAAUUAAGCUUAUACACCAUAAUUAUGCUUAUCAUACAAUUGCAAGGCUGUGUUUCAUUACAUGUUUCAUUACUAGCUAAGAGGUCAUUAUGGCCUGCCCGCAGCACUUAAAAAACCGACUACCGUCGAAAACUGCAAUCACUUAUCACUGCUGCCAUUAGGGUUGAUAUCAUGAUUGAGAGAUACAUGCACUUAUUGAUCCCUAUUGGCCUGUGCGUAAAAUGUAGCAGAAACAGUUUACCAAUGGCCCUCUCAUGACACUCCUCGUUCAUUUCAGGUCCGCAGUGCCAUUCCAGCAACUCAGAUGAUCCCGGAUACUCCCUAAAAACCAGCAACCGGGAUUCUCCCACUCUACCAGAGCCGGUGGAAGACAACGACCAACCGGAUGAGAGGGCAGAGGGCAGUCUGACAGAUGACAAGGAUGACGAAACAGGGUCUUCCUGCUUCGCACGAGAAGACAGUGAAACAGCUGAUACGAAAGCAGCUUGCAAGAAGAAGACCCGCACCGUGUUCAGCCGGACUCAGGUUUUCCAGCUGGAGUCCACCUUCGACAUGAAACGCUACCUGAGCAGCACCGAGCGGGCGGGGUUGGCCGCCUCUCUACAGCUCACCGAGACGCAGGUCAAGAUUUGGUUCCAGAAUCGCAGGAACAAGUGGAAGAGACAGCUAGCUGCCGACAUGGAGGCCACGAGCAUCUCGUAUUCGGCCCAAAGGAUUGUCAGGGUUCCUAUUCUAUACCACGAGAACGCGGCACCUGGGACACUGAGCGCAAACCUGGCACAGGUGUCGCCACCCUUAGUGGGUUUCUCGAGUACUGUGAAUUAUCCCGUCUCCCAGUUCACCCACCCCAUGUCUUUUAUAAGAUCACAGAUCACAGGCCUUGUGUGAGACACACAUUAUUGGUGUAUUAUAUUGAACUAAUAAUGUGCGUAUUGGACAUGCUAUAGCAGCAUUUCCCAAACUCGGUCCUGGGGACCCCAAGGGGUGCAAGUUUAGAUUUUUUCCCUAGUACUACACAGCUGAUUCAAAUAAUCAACGCUUGAUUAUUAGUUGAUUACUUGAAUUAGUUGUGUAGUGCUAGGGCAAAAACCAAAUCGUGCACCCCUUGGGGUCCCGAGGUUUCCGAGUUUGGGAAAUGCUGUGGUAGAGACAAUCCCCUCAGGAGUUUAUUGCUGAGGGUGACUUUUAUGCAAAUCACCAAAAUCACAGCCACAUUCAUAAGGCGACAACAAUUUGACCAACCUGUUUAGCCUAUAGGCCGCAACUCUUCUGUUUUAAUACGCAUGUUGCAAUUACCGUGUAUUUUCUUGAUUUGAGUGUGUACAAAAAUGUUAACAGGUGAAUCCCUCAAGCCAGACACUACAUUUGGGAAUUUUAACUUAAGCACAUAUCAUACGAUGUAUAUGAUUAUUUACUUGGAAACUGGAUGGAAUAUUGUCAUGGGUUAGUCUACCAGUUUGUGUGUUUGUAAUAUUUUUAAAUGACAAAACUUGGCACCUGUAGAUAGACAUUUUACGAGCAUGGGGUUACGGGACUGUAUUAUUUCAUAAUUCUUAGGCUAUUUAAAGUGGGUUUCAUAUUACAUUUUGUACACGAGUUGUCCGAUUAAUGUAAAUAAAAUUGAUAAAGUGCACACCAUGUUUGAUGUUUAUUGUGUUAAUUAAAAGGCCUGCUUUGUAUUCUCAUAAUUAGCACGAAUUGUUGUUAUGUUGAUAGCCAGUCUCUGUAAGGCUCUGUCUGACCAGUGGCUAGGCCUCGGCCUACGGCCAUCGAAAAUAACACUGAAAGCCUAAUCCAACUGGAGCAAUAAGCAAUUUCCCUUUCAAAAUUCAUAAACAUUCACCAGGAUAUUUUCAAGACCAACAAACUAUGUAUGCCCCCGCAUUUAGCCCUUAUUUGGUUGACAAUUCAAAAAGUUAAGGAAAAAUGCUUUUAGAAAUUCCACACCAAUGUUGAGAAGAUGCAGACAUUUAAAGUGACGACUGAAUAUACCUUUCUUCUUAUUCAACAGUUUAUCAGUGUAG